AUGGGAAACGGAAAAAAGAAUAGUAAAGAAAAAAAGAAGAAAGCAAACGGUGAGAAGAGAAAGAAGGUGAAGAAGAAAGUUCAGAAAAAAGAAGAAACGGAGACCGAAUCAACAUCAGAAGAAAGUACUGAAGAAGAAAAGAAACCCAAGAAACCUGCCGUUUUACCAGUAGCAGAGAAGCGGAUUAUGCCCGGAGCGUUAACUAAACCACCUGAACAUCCACCUUGGUUCAAAAGAAUGCUUUUUGAAGAAGAGCGUCCGGAUAUGUCAUCCAAAUGCGGAAAAUCAGAUCUUGAGAAUGAAGAAAUCGAAUUGUUGGACACUUUUAUGAGAGAAAGAGAGGAUUUGAUCCCUGGGGACCUAGUCAUUGUGAAUGACAACCUCGACGAAGAUUCUCGCGAAUAUUCAAGAUAUGAAGUGUUGACAAAAUAUAACGAAGGCCGUUAUUCAGCGAUAUACAUUGUAGCUAAGCAAACUUGCAGCGACAAUAAUGAAGUAAUGGAUAAAUGUCUUUAUGCAAUGAAAGUUGGAGUAAGAAAAGAAAGCAGUAACACUCAAUUAAGGUUUAAGAGAGAGUUAGCUGUACUGCGGGAGCUGAAGGCUGCUGGAGUAUUACGCACUCCUUACCUUUUCGAUAGCGGAAGAGUUUGCGAAAGAUUCUAUAUCGUGAUGACGUUGUUUGAUAAAAGUCUUGAGAAGUUAAAAGAGAACGUAAUAGGAGGCGUUUUACGGCCUUCAUCGGUCUAUCAUCUUGCUGGAGAAGCACUUGCAGCAAUCGAGGAGGUACAUGGUAUUGGAUAUAUUCACCGCGAUAUAAAGCCAUCAAAUUUUUGUAUUGGUGUCGGUACAGCCGCUGCACGUCUAUUCCUCAUAGAUUUCGGAGAAACAGUAAAAAAUGGAAAAAAUAUCAAAUAUGGUGUACCGGAUGCAUUCUCCUUACCCUACUGGGCUAUUGAUUCACACAAAAAAACUGCUGCUUCUCCUAAGAUAGAUGUCGAAUCGUGGUUUUAUACGUUUAUAGAAAUGUUGUAUCCGGAAAUAUUAACAUGGAAAAAGUGUCAAGUUGAACCAGAAGUUUUGUCUGCAAAGAUUAAGUUUUGGGAAGAAUUCCCUCAGUCUGUUCCCAAUUGCCCGCCUCAAAUUGCUGAAGCAGCGAAGAUCAUCAAUGGAGCAACCGAUAAAUUAGAUUAUAAUGAAUUGAAAAGAUUGAUAGAAGAUGCUAAAAACGCUUUUUUGAAUGGAGCACCGUUGACGCUGGAAUGGGUGAAAGAGAUGCCUAAAACAUUGCCAAAAAGAGGUGAUUAUCUAGCACAGAGUGGUGUCGAAGACAAAAGUUCACCCAAGGAAGCGAAAGCACCGAAGAUAAAAGCGGCGAAAGAAUCGAAAGAAGUCGUCGAAGGAUCUGGAAACAUCGACGAAUGGAAAUCAGCGGCGAGUACUCUCAUGCAAAAAUUCCGCUUCCGCACAAGGCGAAAAAAAAUUUCACUACCGAUUGCGAUUCCCAUGAAGGACGCUGAUACAUCAACAUCAACUAGCACUACUGCUGACGCAACUGCUGGCCUCGCCACUGCCAUUCCUCCUGAACAGAAAAAGUCCGAGAAACCAGAAGAAACUCCUAGUGCUGAUAAGAAACCUGUGGAGGAACCUAAAGAAACCCUCUUCCAGAGGAUAAGUUUCAGGAAGAAAAAGAAGCCCAUGAAAGCUGAUACCGUUCAAGAGCAACCAAAGGUGCAAACUGCCACGGAAAAACCAGAAGAAACUCCUAUCGUGGAGAAGAAAGGUGCAGAUGAAUCUAAAGAAACACUCUUUCAAAGGAUAAGCUUUAGGAAGAAAAGAAAGCCCAAAGCUGAUACCGUUCAAGAACAAGCAAAAGAGCCAACUGUGACGACGGAAAAGAUUCUUGAACAGACAAGAACUCAACCACCCGCACCAGGAGAAGUUGAAGUAGAUCCCUCGAAAAAGCCUCAACCAUCACAGGAAAAAGGCGAAGGUUUACUUCAGCUCCUCAGUCUUCGCGUGCGAAGGAAAAAAACUUUCAAAGGAGCUGCAACAAACCUCGAACAAACACCACGAGACCAGGCCCAGGCACAAGACGGUGCCACUGCUACUGCAACGGCUACGAAUCAGGCUACUGUUUCCAGCACUACCAGCACUAACGUUCCGAAAUCUGAUGAGGACAAAAGAACCUCUUCGUCCGUGGCCACUGGUGCAGACCAAAUCCAGCAGAAAUCCUUCUAUCAAAAAGUCAAAGAGUUUAAAAGAAAGAUGAGACCAGUAGGUCCAGUUGUUGGCAGCGCAGAAGCAAAAUCAGCGGAAAAACCUGAAGUAGCUCCUAUCAAGACCACACAGACAACUACCGCUGAAAAAACGACAUCUGGUGUUCCCGAAAAAAAGCAAUCGGCGGAAGAUGAAACAAAGCCACCACCAAAAAGUAUGCUACAACGACUUCUGUCCCCUACGAGAAAGUACAGCUCAUCGGUUGCAUUACCUGCAUCGAUUAGGUGUAUUGGGCUUGACUCUAGCAGUGGUGAAAAGCCAUCAGGAGUUGCUACUAAACAAUCUCCGUCUGAGAAGGAGAAAUAUCAAUCAGGAGGACUUCUUAGUCGCAUUCGUUCACGAAUGAGAAAGACCCCCCGGGCAGAGAAUGAAAAUGGAUCUUCAACAGCGGUGACUGCGCCACAGGCCACCGACGCUAAACCAUCUGUAGAGACGGGGGCGGCCAGUGAUGUUGGUGCUUCUGUUGAAACAAAAGAAGCUAUGAAACCAAGUGAUGACGGUGAACACCAUACUAUGGGGGAAAUGAAAAAGAAAAUGAAAAAGUUUUGGAAAAAGGUCGUAGCAAAGGAGGAACCACAAAACGAGGGCACAAACGAAAAACUUGCAAAGUAUCAGGAUCCGUCUCUGAAAGAAAAGGUCAGAGCGUAUUUGCAAAAGCAGCAAGGAAGUGAUGAGCCUACAAAUCUCUCUGCGGACAGUGCGGACCAAAGCAAAAGUGGAAAGAAGUGA